AUGGGAAAGCAUCCAGCAGUCGAACUACAAGUCCUGGACCUAGGGUCCAUCGACAACGACAAAACACCGCCGACCUCUGGACCUUCGACACAAAGAAAUUCUUUCUCAGAAACUGCGACACCAACACCCAUCGACACCGAAGCAAAUUCUUCAGAUGAUGAAACACCAUCAGAAGCACCAUUUCCCUCAACACCAACCCUCUCAACCACAAGAGCGAUUAUAGUAAUCACCCAACUCGUCAGCGUACAACUCUUUUCUUCGUUUUGUAAUGGCGUUAUUGUGGUGGGCUUGCCUUCUAUCGCUGCCUCGCUACAGAUGCAAGGGGCAUUGCUUUUAUGGCCGACGUCGGUGUUUUAUCUUACUGCUGGAGCGUGUCUGAUGCUAGCUGGUUCAAUUGCCGACGUGCUAGGCACCAGACCUAUGGUCUUGACCAGCAGUGCUUUGUUGGUUGUUAGUGCUGCUUGCUGUGGUGUCAGCAGAAACGGAGCUGAAUUAAUUGCCUUCAGAGGUUUGCAAGGUAUCAGUAAUGCUAUUGCCGUGCCGGCAAGCGUUUCUAUCAUUUCUACAAGAGUGCAGGAUGGUCAGCCGAGAAAUAUUGGAUUCUCGUGCCUUGGCUUUGCGGCGCCUUUGGGGUUUUUGCUGGGCUUGGUGCUUGGAGGGUUGUUUGUGGAUGGUGUGGGUUGGAGACCCGCGUUUUAUCUUGUCGCGGCGGCGAGUGGUGCUACGGGACUUGUGGGUGCUUGGGUACUGCCAAAGGACGACAAGCCAAAGUCUCUGCAGUGUAUCAAGAGACAGUUGAGGGAUGAGAUCGAUUGGGUGGGAACACUCAUCUCGAGCACUGGAUUGGUGACUGUGUCGUAUGCUUUGGCAACACUCUCUGCAAAUGUUAACAACAUCAAGACUGCAACCACCAUCUCGCUCUUGAUCAUCGGUGUCGCUACCGUCCCAGCAUUUGUGUGCUGGAUGAAUUAUCAGGUCAAACACGAUCACCCAGCACUGAUCCCAAACUCGUUCUGGCGUGAUUCCAGCUUCACGAGCAUCUGCAUCAUGAUCCUCUUCAACACUGCCGUCACUAAUGGCAUGGAGGUAUUCGCCAGUCUAUUCUUCCAGCAGGUUCAAGGCUCGUCGGCACUUGGAGCUUCGAUCCGCAUCUUGCCUUCUCUGAUCACGGCUGUCUUGACCAAUGUCUCGACUGGCUACUUUGUCAACCGCAUGCCCGUCAUGUGGAUGGUCUUGAUGUCGUGCGGUCUAUCCGCGCUCUCACCUCUGUUCAUGGCAAUCAUAAAUCCAAGUUGGCCGUACUGGUAUAUGGCCUUUUUCGCCCAGCUUCUUCAAGGUGUCAGUAUGAAUGUCCUCUUUACAGUAGGUCUCCUGAUCAUCUCGGCAAUCUUUCCGCCUCAUACGCAGGCUCUGGGCGGUGCUGUCUUCAACACUUGCGCGCAACUGGGCACUUCGAUUGGUCUGACCAUCACAUCCGUCAUUUCCGACUCGCGAACAGCUGCUUCAAAAUACGGUGACAAGACAAGUCCCCAAGCAUUGAUGACAGGCUAUAGGGCAGUGUUUUGGGCAUUGUUUGCCUGGAUGAUAGUGGUACUGUGGGCAGGCAUGGGUGGCUUGAGAAGAGUAGGAAAGAUUGGAGUCAAGAGGGAUUGA